CGUUGUCGUUUUUGGAGACGAACCCAUAUUCUUUCAUGGAGAAAUCAGGUAUGUUAAGGUGUUUUUGUUAAUUUUCAUGGUGAAAGAUUGGGAAUUGAGUGAAGUUUGUAUGUGGGCGAAUGUACCCAAUAGACCCCAGUAGCAGAACUUCGUUUGUUGUAGUCUCCAUUGUCGCACUGUUGAGAAGCACAACUGCAAAGGUUGAAGAGUUUGCACUCCAACUGUUCGACGAAUGUUCGUACAAACGACGUUUGUCUAAACUCCCUCUUUCCAUUUAAGAAAAAAAACAUCCUUUGUGGUGACCCUCGUGAGGUUUCUUUGCCGUAUUAAUUUUGAGACCUGACACUCUCUGUCAAAACUCUUGUUUGAAUUUCCGGAGUGAAAAAAAUCAAAACCCUUGACUGCGAUUGUUGGACUGUUUGACAUGCUGCACAGAAUCUGUAAUGUGACAGAUCAAGGUACCCAAUCCAUAACAAAGCUAUAGUCAAGGAGGCUUCUUUCGUUUCAGCAAGGCUGUCUUUCUUGUCUGUCAUCUCUGAAGAAAGUGAGACUAUUGGUAGAGAUUCUCUUACAGCUUGCGCCUUUUCGCCUUCAUCUCCACAAAUCUUAGAGAAUGAUUUAUCAAUAAUGGAAGAAUUGAAGAUGCCUGCCAAAGAAAACAUAAAUGCAUACAAGGCAUCAAAUUUUGGGAUAUUGAUGCAAAACCUUGGUGUUUUGGAAGAGAGUUUUUCUGAUUCAGAUGUGCUGAGAUUAGAAAAAGAGAUUUUGACUCAUCUAAGUAAGCUUGGAGCACUUAAGUUAUUUAAUACUCGUUUGUCAAACACUCUUCAAAACUCAAUCUUUUCGGACUUAGCUAGCACAUCCACAGAGCAUGUUGGAGAAAAUAAGAUAAGAAGCGAAAUUGAAAGCCCCACAAGUAGGACCAUUGUUCGAACUGGUAAAAGGGAAGAAAGAAGAUCAAGAAAAAGAAAACUGGAAAACCCGAAAACUCAGUCUUCUCAGCUGCCUGUAGAAACAAUUUUGCAAGGUCCUCUACAGCCUUUUGUUUCCACUAUGAAAGGAUCUAAGAAAUGUAGCCGUAAAAGGCUCGCAAUUGCAAAAAAGGAGGCAGAACUUUCAACUGGGGUGAAGAUGAUUUCAAAGUUGGAGCAAAUCAGAAUAGCUUUGGAGAUAGAAACCGGUGGAGUUGUCAGCUUGAGUUGCUGGGCAGAAGCUGCUGGUGUUGAUGAAAAAAUGCUUAAGCAGCAACUUCAUUUCGGUUGGCAUUGUCAGGACGAGGUUAUAAGGAGUACUAAGUCCUUAGUUCUAUACCUUGCAAGAAAGUAUAGGGGUUUAGGAAUAGCCUUGGAUGAUUUACUUCAGGCUGGAAAGAUUGGUGUACUGCAAGGUGCAGAAAGAUUUGAUCCUGCAAGAGGUUAUAGAUUCUCAACUUAUGUCCAAUACUGGAUAAGAAAAUCAAUGUCAAGAUUGGUGGCCCGGCAUGCAAGAGGGAUAAAAGUUCCGGGUACAUUAAGCAAGGCAAUUAAUCGGAUACAGAAAACUAGAAAAGCGAUCACCAACAGUCGAGGGAAAUGUCAAGACGACAAUGAGAUCGCAAAGCUUACUGGCCUUUCGUUGGAUAAAAUCAGAUCAGCUAGCCAAUGCCUAAGAGUUGUGGGUUCAGUUGAUCAGAAAAUAGGAGAAUCCUUUCAAGGAAAGUACCUGGAGUUUAUGGCAGAUAUGUCAAUAACGACUCCCGAAGAAACUGUAAUGAGACAACACAUGAGAAAGGAUAUCCAUAAUCUUCUAGCAGGUUUAGAUUCAAGAGAGAGGCAAGUGAUAAUUUUACGUUAUGGCCUUAAUAACUACCAGCCUAAAUCGCUUGAGGAAAUCGGGAAGCUUUUUCGGGUAAGCAAGGAAUGGAUAAGAAAGAUAGAAAAGAAAGCUCUAACAAAGCUGAGGAAUGAAGAAAUCAACAGUGAUUUAAGUCAGUACUCAAAAUUUACAUACUAGAUUAAUAGAGAGUCUCUAUGGUUAACUUGUGAAGAUCCAAUAUUUCUGUUACCCUGUUGCACAUAGAUAUUGAAAUUCACUUUUACAGUAGAAAAGUUUGAAUUCUUUUUGAUCUAUACUGAUGGAUUAUUAUUAACUACCAUCAUCAUCUGGAAGAGAAACAAGAACUCAGUCAAAAGAAGGAGAAGAAGAAGAAGAAGAAAAGAGCUAGUCCCUUUGCUCCUAUCAGGCUUAAUCGGGCUUCGGAACAUGUGAUUGAAGUUUGUUGAUCACAGUACAUAACAGAAAAAAACAGUUAGAGGUGCUCCUGUGUAUUGUAAUGUGGCCAGAGAAUACGCGGUUUCAGCUACCGAACAAAUGUAUUUCAUAGCUCUCCUUUUCUGUAAAGCAUAAUUUUUGACCAAUAGCUACAUGAACGCAUAUUACAUUUUGCCGAGAAUCGUAUUUGUAGCUACUGUUGUUAUCAAUACUGUAAAAUCUAUAUCUUCUGGUGCUUCA